AUGCGGAGAGGUAGAAUUGGAAAAUGGACUCUGACCUUGACAGAAUUUGCCUUCAAAUAUGUUCCCCAGAAAGCUGUCAAGGGACAAGCUGUAGCAGACCUGUUGACAAGAGCUCAUACCUGCCUGAACAAUCCUAUCUAUUCAGUUCAUCUCACGCCUUGGAAGUUGUACUUUGAUGGAUCAAAGACUGACAUAGCUUCUGGGGCAGGAAUUGUUUUGGAAGAACCACUUGGCAUCAGACACUAUUAUUUUUUCCAGUUAGAUUUCCAGUGCACCAACAACAGGGCUGAAUAUGAGGCUCUAAUCAUUGGCCUAGAAAUGCUGGUGGAAUUAGGAAUCCAGUCUGUGGAAAUUUUGGGAGAUUCUAUGCUUGUGCUAAAACAGAUUGCUGGAGAAUACAAGUGCCUAAGUCAUUGUCUAGCUGUUUACUUAGUAGCAGCUGGGAAUCUUCUGACAGAAUUCAGAGAAGCUACUUGGGAACAUAUCCCAAAAGAAGAAAACUUUGCAGCCAAUGAGCUGGCUCAGAUAGCAAUAGGCAUACAAAUGCCUGAAAACUAUGUACAGAGGAUCAUCAAGGUAGGAAAGAAAAGUCUACCAUAUGUUCUGACCAAAUGGAUGGAGAUAGAUGUCAAUUCUGCCACGAUCACUGAAGAUGAUUGGAGAAAUCCUAUCAUAACUUACUUACAAUAUCCAACUCUGCCCUCUGAAAAGAGAGUCAGAAUCAUGGCUAUGAACUACCUUAUAUGGAAUGAAGAUUUGGUCCGAAAAAGCAAGGAUGAGGUACUAUUAAGGUGCCUCGGAAGGAAAGAAUACAUGAAAGUCAUGGGAGAGACUCAUGAAGGGAUCUAUGGAGCCCACCAAUGA